AAAACCUCAACAAGCUCCAUUCACCACUCAUUUCUAUGUCCAAAUCCAUUCUCUUAUUCCUCCCUUUAACAAAGUUGUAAAUAUCAAAAUGCUUUUUUCUACCACAUUCCUUUCACUCUUCACCACCAUCAUCACCUACUUCCACUCUUUCUCUUCAUCUUUCCUCUUCCUCUUCAUUCUCAUGGCAAAGAAUCUUCCUAAAUAAUCACACAAAGAUUCCAAAAAAACACACACUUUUUUCCUUAGAAAUGAAUUUGAAUCACUCUUGUGGUUUCUCUUUAACCAGACACUCAAAAACAACAACCUCUUCUCCUUUCCUUAGAAAAUCUCAUAUCUUUCUUUCCAAAAACACUUCACCUUUGUUUCUUAGAGACUCUCUUCAUGUCAAGCCUCUACCUCUUUCACCAAACAUAACAAAAAGUUUGAGAAACUGCAAACUCUCACACCCUUUUGCUACCUUAUCAUCUUUUGCAGAAGGGGAAGAGGGACAACACCAAAAUGGAGAGAAUAAUAACAAUGAAGUAUCAGGAAUGGCAAAAGCAUUCAACAUAUCAUCAAGAACAGCUUCUGCUAUAACAAUAUGUAUAGCAGUGGCUGCACUUAUUUUUCCUUUGUUUAUGUCGUCUCUAGGACAAGGUUUGCCUUUGAAGACAAGGGUUUUAUCCUAUGCAACACUUUUGUUUGGAUUCUACAUGGCUUGGAACAUUGGUGCUAAUGAUGUUGCAAAUGCAAUGGGAACUUCGGUUGGAUCUGGUGCAUUGACUCUUAGGCAAGCUGUGUUGACAGCUGCAGUGUUGGAGUUUUCUGGUGCAUUGUUGAUGGGAACUCAUGUGACUAGCACAAUGCAGAAGGGGAUUCUUGUUGCUGAUGUGUUUCAAGGGAAUGAUUCUCUUCUCUUUGCAGGAUUGCUUUCUUCACUUGCUGCUGCUGGUACUUGGUUACAGAUUGCAUCAUAUUAUGGUUUGCCAGUAUCUACUACACAUUGUAUAGUGGGAGCAAUGGUGGGGUUUGGACUAGUUUAUGGAGGCUCUGGUGCGGUUUUCUGGGGUUCACUGGCAAGAGUGAUUUCUUCGUGGAUAUUCUCGCCGCUAGUGGGAGCUGCUGUCUCAUUUCUUGUAUACAAAUGCAUCCGAAGGUUUGUGUAUAGUGCAAGUAAUCCGGGACAAGCGGCAGCUGCAGCAGCACCAAUUGCUGUAUUUCUUGGCGUAACUGGAAUUUCCUUUUCCGCCUUUCCUCUUAGCAAGACUUUUCCUAUAGCUCUAAGUCAAGCUUUAGCCUGUGGAACUGUCGGGGCUUUCCUGGUCGACAGAACAAUCAGAAAACAACUCGGACAUCUUCUAGAGAAGGCAAAGACUCCACAACCCGAGCCAAAAGAUGAUACAUCCCACCAAAACAUAGGCUUCCUAUCUGAUAUUGCAGGUCCGAAGGGCACUCAACUUGAAAUAGUUUACGGAGUUUUCGGUUACAUGCAGGUUUUAUCAGCAUGUUUCAUGUCAUUUGCUCAUGGUGGAAAUGAUGUUUCCAACGCGAUAGGUCCGUUAGCCGGUGCACUAGCUAUUCUGCAAGGCGCUGCAAAAGGAGCUGAGAUAGUUAUUCCGAUCGAUGUUCUUGCUUGGGGUGGAUUUGGAAUAGUUGCAGGGCUAAUGAUGUGGGGUUAUAGAGUUAUAGCUACAAUUGGAAAGAAAAUAACGGAACUUACGCCAACAAGAGGAUUUGCAGCCGAAUUUGCUGCUGCAUCGGUGGUUCUGUGUGCUUCAAAGCUAGGGCUACCAAUAUCGGCAACACAUACAUUAGUUGGUGCAGUUAUGGGAGUUGGAUUUGCAAGAGGACUUAACAGUGUGAGAUCAGAAACAGUGAAGGAGAUUUGCGUUUCAUGGGCAGUUACUAUUCCAGUCGGCGCUACCUUAUCAGUGAUUUACACUUGGAUUUUGACUAAGCUUUUGUCUUAUGUUUUAUGAGUGUGCAUUUUCAAUUCACUUCACUAGUACCAUCUUUGACAUUAUUGUUCAUUUGCUGAGAAAUUUGGAGAAGAUUGUUGUGUCUUGCAGCACAAGUAUCUUGGGAUGAAAUUUUCUAUGUUUGGUUUCUAUGUGAAGUGAAGAUUGCAAAUGAGAGGUGAAAUUGCAAACAUAUUGCUUUUCUGUGGCUAAGUUGAAAUAACUUAGCAACCUUUAGGCUUUGAAGGAUGAAAAUUCAGAGAAUAUUCAGUUUUUUCUAUGAAUGUACUUAAUAAAUUCAUUUUAACCUUUUUGUUUUUCCUACUCA